CAGAAGAGCACUCGCAGGUGUGGAGAGAAAAUACGGCUGCUGUCCUGGCUCCUGGGGACUGCUCUCUCGAUUGAGAAGGAUUUUGAUGUUAACCAGAAAUACCUCCAGAAGAUUCAAGAAGCUGUAGAGGUGAAGUUAAGUCUGUGAAGGACCAGCAUGGGAAUUUUAUACUCUGAGCCCAUCUGCCAGGCAGCCUAUCAGAACGACUUCGGUCAGGUGUGGCGGUGGGUGAAGGAAGAUGGCAGCUGUAUCAACGUUCAAGACGGCUUUAAUGGAGACACUCCCCUGAUCUGUGCUUGCAGGCAAGGGCACCUGAGAAUUGUUUCCUUCCUUUUGAAAAGAAAUGCUGACGUGAACCUCAAAAACCGGAAAGAGAGGACCUGCUUGCAUUACGCUGUGAAGAAAAAAUUUACCUUCUUUGAUUAUCUACUCAUUAUCCUCUUAAUGCCUAUUCUGCUUCUUGGGUAUUUCCUCAUGUUGUCAAAGACGAAGCAGAAUGAAGUUCUCAUUCGGAUGCUACUUGAAGCUGGAGUCGAAGUUAACGCUGCAGACUAUUAUGGCUGCACUGCGUUACAUUACGCCUGCAAAAUGAAAAACCAGACUCUUAUCCCCCUGCUCCUCGAAGCCCAUGCAGACCCCACGAUAAAGAACAAGCUUGGUGAGAGUUCCCUGGAUAUUGCACGGAGAUUAAAAUUUUUCCAGAUUGAACUAAUGCUAAGGAAAGCAUUGUAAUCCUUGUGGCCUCAGAUGGAGAAGUGAAAAAAUAGACUGGAUUCUAUUUCCAUCUUGGACUGUUGGUCUGUGGACCAGUCUGCUUGGACACCAUGAUUUUAUGGGGGAUAAUGAUCACUGUCAUCAGGGUAUGUAUUUUAAGAGUUUGCACUUAAAAUGUUUUUCUGCUAAACAUGGAGUUCACCAAGGUUGAAAUCCUUCUGGGAAAAACACUAAAGCAGAUGGAUUUUCCACUUCAGACAAAAAGAGGUGAUGCUUCAAACUCAUCUGUCUUGAAAAAGAGGAUCUGAGUUGCCUGACAGUGUUCCCUCUUCUAAAGAAGCUGUCCCAUCAAGAGACAAACUGUUUCAGACCUCUAUGAGUAGCAGGAAAGAAUCAAAGUAUAUAUACAUUUGUAUAGAAUGUAUAGGUGGGAGAGGAGGGGGCAUAGAUUUUCAUAUGUAAAUAUUCCAUUGGUGAAACAACCCUAACAAAAUCAUCUAUUAGUUGUCAGUGGUCGGAAUGUUUAUACCAAAUAAAUCGGCAAAUGCUACUAGUCAGGGCUGUUUUGUUUUUUCUUUCUAGAGAGCCAGUUUACCAGCAUACCUCUGGACGUUUUGCUAUCAGUUUACAGCUAAAAGCCAUCUUGAUUGUGAACAAAAUUAUGUAACUAUCAAGAUGUUUGUUCAAAAAUAGCUUUAUGAUUCUCUUGUGACUGCAAAGCAGCUAUUAAACUUGUUAGUUCUGUUUAUUUGUAUUGAUAAAAAUUUAAAUUUUAUUGUAAAUUAUUUGAUAGAGUAUUUCUUUAUAAGAAAUAAAGCUGUAUGUUGAGG